AUGCUUCGAUUUCGUGUUUUUAGCAAGUUUCCAGUAGCAAAAAGGUUCCAUGCAGAUUUGGUCAGGAAUAUCGCAGUUAUUGCUCAUAUUGACGCAGGAAAGACUACUACCACUGAAGCGUUGUUGCAUAACUCUGGCAAAAAGGCGGUGAAAGGAUCUGUAGAUGAUGGGACGACAACGACAGACUAUCUUGUUCAAGAGCGCGAACGAGGAGUUACCAUUCAAUCUUCAGUAGUGUCGUUUACGAAUACAAAUAAAGAAACCGGCCAGAUUACAAAAUACAAUAUCUUUGAUACACCUGGUCACGCUGAUUUCAUUUUUGAAGUCGAGCGAGUUCUCCCGGUAAUCGACAGCGCUCUGCUCAUCUUAGACUCUUGUCGUGGCGUAGAAACACAAACAAAAGCAGUUCUCCGACUAGCCAGAAAGCACAACAUUCCAAUAAUGGUCUUCGCCAACAAAAUUGACAAAUUCAACUCCAAUCCAUCAUUUUCAAUCGAGUCGCUUGAAAAAUUCGGGAUGAAUCCGAUCCCGCUUCAAAAAGUAGACGAAGACAAAAUGAUCCAAGAUGAUCUUGAAUCUGAUGAUGUUGUCGAACGCGUUUCAAAUUAUGACGACUCGAUUUGUGAAAAAUAUUUGAAUGGAGAAAGUGUCAGUAAAAAAGAAAUUCUAGCGGCGAUCAGGGAAGCUCAUGGACGAUGCGAAGCAACACCAGUUCUAUUCGGGUCAUCGAAAAAUAAUGUUGGCCUGGCAAAGCUGAUCGAAUAUCUGACCCUCUUCGACCAUCGAGAAGAAAAACAAGACUUUACUGGCUCUUCUUUUGUGUUCAAAAUCACUAAUGACCGCAGACUUGGCGAAAUUGCCAUGCUGCGAAAUUUCGGCCCAUCUCCGUUAUCAUUGAAAUCAACGAAGACUCUUCAAAACUUGUCGAAUGAAAACAUGCCGAUUUCUACAAAGAAAACUAAGAUAUUUUCUGUUGAUGGAGCAGCUUUCGAACCCGCUCAAGAAAUUCAACAAGACGACGUUCUUGUUCUAUCGAACUUCCAGAACCUGAAAACUGGGGAUUUCAUCAGCAACAAGAAGGCAAAGACAUCAGAGAGCAAGUUUGACAACUUUCUGAAAGCCCGGCAAGCAUCUUGUUCCGUUGUGCUAGAAGUCGAAAAACAAGGAAAAGAACAACAACUGCUGGCCGGAUUGGAAGUUCUGUGCAAGGAAGAUCCAAGUUUGAGCUUUUUGGAAAACGAAGAAACGGGAGAAAUAAUUCUGAGAGGAAUGGGCCCUUUUCAUCUGGAAAUCGCGAUUUCGAGGCUGGAAACAGAACAUAGAAUCAAGGACAUUUAUCAAUACCCCGUUCGCGUGGAUUAUCGCGAAGUUCCGCAAUCGUCAGUCUUACACGAAACCAUCAUCACUGAAAAUCAUCUCGGGCGGGAUUCAAGCGUCAGAUUUGAGCUCGAGCUUGAGCCGCAAGAAAAUAUUACCGAGUUUACGACAAAGAAUAUAAUUUUCGGAAGCAAUGCGGUUGGCCAAAAUGUUGAUGGGCAAAGUUCGAAUGUUGAAAAUUUCGCGAAAGAAUUCAAGGUCAGGAAAUUGAUUGAAGAGGGAGUUAUGAUGGCGACGAUGGCUGGUCCCGUCGAGAAAAAUCCUGUCAUUGGUUUCGAUUUGCGGAUCAAACGCAUCGAAGCUCAGGGAUGCUUCUUCAAGCAAAUGAAGGGAUUCAUUGUUCAAAAAAUGAUCAUCAGAGCUAUUCAAGAAGCGCUUCGAAAAGCUAAUUGUGUCGUCAAAGAACCGAGAAUGAAAUUCCAGCUUUCUCUUUACAGCGUGGAAUUCCGCGGAAAAGUGAUGGAACUUCUCGCUGAAAAUGAAUGCGAAGUUUUAUCAGAAGAGCCCGAAGGUGAAAUGUGGAACAUCUCUGGACUCUUGAACGUCUCGCAAGAAUUGAAAAUCCAACAGAGACUCCUUUCGCUUACGAGAGGGAACGCUUAUCUUGAAACUUCAUAUUUUGGCUUAUAA